AUGGCGAGCCCCGAUCCCCUGUUCUCCGUCCGUAACAACUUCUACCUGGGAGCCUACCAGACCGCGAUCAGCGAUGCAUCAUCCCUCACGGGCCUCAGCGAAGAUCAGAAGCUGGAGCGGGACACCUUUGUGUACCGCUCCUAUGUGGAGCUAGGCAGCUAUGAGAUGGUUUUGUCUGAGAUCCCGGCCGACGCCCCUCCCCCCCUCGCCGCGGUCCGCCAGCUGGCCUCCUACCACAAGGCCGGCCCCUCCCCCUCCUCCCCGGUCCCCGACGCCUUGGAGGCUGGCCUGUCGGACGGGGCCCUCUCCUCCGACCCCACCUACCUCUACGUCACGGCGCUGCUGCUGGCGCUGAGCGUGCAGGUCAUGCUGUCCCUGCACCGCCCCGACGCCGCGGAGCGCCAGCUCCGCGCCAUGGCCGCCAUCGACGACGACGCGACGCUGACGCAGCUGGCGGGGGCGUGGGUGGCGCUGGCCGCGGGCGGGCCGCGCGUGCGCGAGGCCGCCAGCAUCUACCAGGAGCUGGGCGACCGCUUCGCCUGGACGCCGCGCCUGCACGCCGGCCUGGCCAGCGCGCAGGCGUGCAUGGGGCGCUGGGAGGACGCCGAGGCGGAGCUGCUGCAGGCCGUGGAAAAGAACCCAAAGGACCCGGACUCGCUGGCCAACCUGGCCGUUGUGUCCCUGCACCUUGGCAAGCCCGCCGGACGCUACCUCGGGGUGCUCAAGGAUGUGGCGCCAUCCCACGCCCUGCUGGAGCGGCGGGCCGCCGCAGAGGAGGCCUUUGACCGUGCGGCCUCCGGCAUCACGGCCUGA